AUGUCUUUGAAGUCUCAGUUGUACUGGAAAAGUGCCUUACUUCGUUCCGGUUUUGCUCCGUCAAGAGCAAUGAUAUAUGGCUCCUGUGCCGUAGGUCGGAGAUAUGUGUCUGAGACCUCUGCAGCCAAGAACACCGCGGCCGGAGCAGUUCCACCCGUUUUCGAUGCCCAGAAUAGGAGAUUAUUUCCCCAGCUUGAUCAGAUGCAGCCUCCCAGUUCCGUGGCUUACUUAAAGACUUUGAGUAAGAAGGAGUUGUUAUCGCUUGCGGUUAUUGGCUGUGUUACCAUCAACAAGUUAUUUCUAGAAUUAGCCAUUAAAGUGUUUCCCUUUGUGCCGAUGUUCCUUGUGAAAUGGCUGAUUUCCUCCUUGUACUGUGGUGGCGACAACUUUGCGGAAGUAAGAGAGUGCGGGAGGAGCUUGCAAAAGCGUGGAAUUUCAAAUAUGAUGUUAUCUUUGACUAUCGAAGAUGCUGAGGGGACUAAAAAUAUUGACAUCAAUCAUAUCGUUGACGAAACGAUCAAAUCUAUCCAUGAGGUAUUGAAACCAAAUAUUUUGGCCCAGUUGGAGACCGCUACUGAUGUCAAUGAUAUUGCACCGGGAUAUAUCGCUUUGAAGCCUUCGGCGCUGGUAUCCAAUCCGGGUCAAGCCUUGCUUCACUUUAAAGACAAGGCAUGGAAAUCUCAUCGCGAUCAAUUAGUUACAAAUUGCAGCGCAAUCACACAAGUCAUCUAUGAUCUGAACCAAGAAUUGUUGAAGAAGUAUCCAUCAAGAAAGACCCCAUUUUUCGUUUCCACUAUUGACGCAGAAAAGUAUGAUUUGCAAAAAGGUGGUGUCUAUGAACUACAAAGAUUGCUUUUCAAAAAGUUUAAUCCGAAGGAUAGCCCCAUCGUCUCUUGCAUUGGUACUUGGCAAUUGUACCUAACAGACUCUGCCUCCGAAUUGCAAGCUGAGUACGCGAGGGCUGAGGAAGAAGGUUACAAACUGGGUGUCAAGUUAGUGCGUGGUGCCUACAUCCACUCCGAAGCAAAGCGCGACACGAUCAUCCAGCCAACGAAGGAAGCUUCUGAUCUUAACUAUAACAAUGUUAUGACUACCGUUAUCGAAAACUUGCUGGAAAAGGGUUCGAAAUCGAGUUAUGGCCACUUAGUGGUGGCGUCCCACAACUACCAUUCACAAAUGUUAGCAACGAAUCUACUGAAGAAGAAAGGAUUGCAAUCUGGUAAAAGCAAUGUGGUGCUCGCUCAAUUGCUCGGGAUGGCAGACAACGUUACUUACGAUUUGAUUAAAAACCACGAUGCUAAGAACAUCAUCAAGUAUGUUCCAUGGGGUCCGCCACUGGAGACUAAGGACUAUCUUUUGAGAAGAUUGCAAGAGAACGGUGACGCUGUGAGAGCGGAUAACGGGCUACCAUUAUUGAAGUCCAUUUUAAAGUCUCUAUUUUCAAGUACGACGGAAGCAAAAAAUGUCUAA